AUGAAGUAUAAACUAACACGUCUGGUCUCUUCUCAGACCACCCCGGCAGGUUUUACAUAUACCUCCGUCAUCCUGCCUCCCAGCGGGAUGCCCAUCCCCCAGGUCACCGUGGCCGACGAGCCUACCUGGCCCGAGGUCACUGCCUGGUCCACCUCCGUCAUCCUGCCUCCCAGCGGGUUCCCCGUCCCCAUGGUCACCGUGGCCGACGAGCCUUCCGAGGCUACCACCACCGCUGCCGCCGCUGUUCCCGAGGACAGCACUGACGCUACCACAGUCAUUGUGGAGACAGACGAGGCUUGGGAGGCUAAGCUCCUCGAGGACAUGAAGGUCGCUUCGAUGAAGCGGACCCAGCGCAAGGAGAACAAGAAGAGGUGCGGCAAGAAGCGGUGCUCUCCUUGCGUUAUGAUGUAG